ACCAGAUUAAUACCACCCCCUCUAGAGUCUGAUCCCGCAACCUUUCGGUUACUGGCCCAACGCUACCUGACCGCAUUGUAUUGAGCCUUCUGUGGCAAAAUUAUUAUAUAAAUCAUAUUUGAUUGACUGUACAUAGUAGAAGUCAUGUGAAUGAGAGCCUCAUUAGCAUUAGCACAAAGACAAUGGGUUUGUCGACGUUGCAGUCGACAGUGCAGGCGAGUGCCGACUGACUGAGCUACAAAUCACCAUGCAUCUUUAAUAACUACUCAUUAUUAUAUGUAGAUCAGUCAGGCAGUCACCAUUUACUCAUAAUGCAUCAUGGAUUUGAUGCUCUCGAACACGGCCAAUAUAAGUAUACAUACAGGUGAAAACAAGACCAGGUUAUGUUGUUGUGGGGACCAAAAUAUUACAAAAUUGGUACACAUUCAGUGAACAUAAUGUACAGUCUUUAAUUCAGUGCUUUAAAAAAACGUAUUACAUAGUAAGGUUUGAUAGUUUCUCUUGGUCAACAUGUAUGCAUUUCAUCAUCAACAACACCAGUGUCACACCCCCGUUUUUAUUGGGCGCUCAGCAAUAUUUAGGCAGUAGGAAUGUUCAUCCCUUAAUAAAGGCCUGGACAAUAGGGGGCCUCUGCCGUAACUGUUGCUGGCGGGCUGGUCAGGUGCAAUGCCGUCAAAACAUCAGCUUUACCCAACACAGGGUCACAUUAUUUCACAGACAAACAGACGCGACCUCCACUAUAUGACAACGCCACUCCAUCCACAGGGACUAAACCAACAGCAGACCUUGAGCAAGAGGCACAUCGCAGAUAAUACAGUAGCAAAGGAGACAUCAUAGAGAUUAUAGUGUACUUUUGGAGCUGCAUUCAGUAAUUGGACCUAUACCAACUAUUGUUAUCAGUUGAAUUGGAUCUCUUUUGGUCAGACCACAUGAACAUGAUUGGGAAAACUCUUUUGCUAGUCUGCCUGGCUGUCUUCUUUUCUGCAGUAGACGCAGCAGACCAGUCCAGACUCUACAGGAGGCCAUCUUGUGGGGAUAUGAGCCAAUCCCAGGCAUGCCCGCUCAACUACUCCCCAGUGUGCGGUAAUGAUGGAAACACUUAUCCCAACGAGUGUUCUCUGUGUGUUCACCGGCUGGAAACCAAUGCAGACAUCUUGAUAGUGAAAGACGGAAGUUGCUGAAGAGUAGCCUACUCAAGUACAGAUGAUUCCGCUGUGAAUGUGAUAUUAUCAUCACAUUUAUCUUUGAUUCUUUCUGUGAUUGUAGAAGUAGUUUUUUAUGGAACACUCAUGCACAGUACACACACAAUCAUUUAUAAUCAUAUUGAUUUGUAUUCAAUCUUAACACUAUCUUUGUAAAGAAUAAAUCGAUUUUUCAGUCCCAGCUCCUGUGGAAUCUUUUAUCAUUAAAGGUCCAGAUGCUCAU